GUAUACUGAGUUUCAACCCAAUACAGCCUUUCCUGUUGAUUAUCUUUAAUAUUUCAAGUGGAGAGAAUUUCUCUUUUUCCUUCACAAUAGUAGAUCUAGAUCUAGAUUUUCCUAACCUACAAUAAUGCCGUCUCAACUUUGGACGCUAUGCUUCAAGCCUGGCGAUAGAUAUACAAUAGAAGUUGAUGGCAUUCUAUACCUAAAACAAGCAUCAUUAAUAGGGGAUAAGUUAAAAAAUGGAAAGACGACACUUAAAGUGAAGACAAAGAAGUUCACUUUCACGUUAUGCACGCUAUCAACCAAAACCGUGGAACACCAGGCACUAUCCCAUCAAUUUAUUUUUGAGGAUCAAGCGACGUUAAUAGUGCAGGGAACAAACUGCGUACAGUUGACAGGAAUGAUAGCGGAUGUAGAUCCUUUAUCUGAUGACGAAAAUGGUAGCGACUCAUCGGACGAAGAAGAGCAGGCACAAAGACUGAUAAAAGCAUUGAACGCAAAAUCCGCGAAAAAAGCUAAACACCGUGUCAAUUUUGUUGAUGCUGAAAGCACCGAUGAUGACGACGAAAGUGAUGCAGAUUAUGCGGACGAAGAUGACCUGGAAUUAGAAGAUCGUGAAACAAUAACUGGCCAACCUCGUUAUGCUAAUUACUUGAGUGAUUUACUUGGUCCGGAUCUACCUGAUGACGACGAUGAGGAAGACGACGAUGACGACGAGGACUAUAUGUUCAUGGACGAAGAUAGCGAUGAGUUUGGCACUCUAGCAUUCAGAGACCCUACUGAUAAUGAGUUUUUGGGCGGGUUUGAAUUACGCCAUUUCAACUUGGCACCUGACGUACCCGGCUUCAAAAAGGUGGAUUUGAGAUCUCAGGAAGACUCCAUUCAAGACACACAGUUGAACGAUAAUAUUGCAAGGGGAUUAGUGAACGCAUUAUUAAACAGUGGCGAUGCUUUUCAAGUGAAGGAAGGGAAACGAAUAUUACAAAAAGAAGGUAGCUAAGUGAUUGAAAACACAUUAUUAAAUCAAUAAAAUAAUAGUGGUUACCCUGCGACGUCCUGU